UGGUAGACUAGCUAAAUACUUUGUAAAAUGUUAAUCUUGGACAUCGUGUGAAUAAAAUACAGUUUAUUUGUUAAUCAUGAACAAACGAAGGGGAUAUCAUUUGUACAGCAAUCAUGUUUAUUAAUUAUUACAAGGGCAUUGGUGAGGAAACUAUAUCGAUGUUAAGGGUGCACAAAGGCUUUCAUGAUGGCAUCUAGAGACGAAGCCCAGCAUUUUGUGGAAUGUGAUCUUUGUCAGCAACCAGUCUCGUUUUUCUGCAGACGAUGCGGGGUCAAUCUCUGUGACCCCUGUGUCCCCAUACAUCUACGCGUAAAAUCUAAAAACGGCCACGACAUUGUAGAUUACACAAGCAAAGAUGAUGACGACAAAUGCCACUGUGAUUCCCAUCCCCAAAACGAUUGUUCCGCGUACUGUAAAACUUGUGAUGCUCCGAUAUGCAUGCUUUGCGUUUCUAUCAAACACAAAUCGCACGAAAUGUCCGAGCUGUCCGAUAAAAUUGAAGAACUGUUAAAAAUCAUUGCGAAGGAAAAUGAUCAACUUCAGUCAUCCAAACAUGAAUUAGAAAGAAUUCUGGACCAUACGAUGAAGAUGUUGUCCUCGAUACCCUCAAUUUACAAACAGAGGAAAGAUGAAGUUACAGCACGGGGAGAAGAGUGGCACAAACAGAUCGAGGAGACCGUGAAGAAACUUCACCAGGAACUGGAUGACAUGCGAAAGGAACACGAGGCUGUACUACAGAAACAAAAAAAAGAGUUUGAAGAAAAGAUCGGAAAAGUGAAUGAAAUGAACGCGAAAACAACAAAAUUACAAAAAUCAAAGAACGUUACAGAAUUAAAGACUUUUGUACCAGUGAUUGAGAAACAAACGAAUUUUAGUGAGGUCUCGCAGUAUUCGUUUCCGAAAUCCUUUGAACGUAAAAUAGAUGAAUAUUUGGAAAUCAAAUUAAAGGAAAAGGAAUCAUCGAAUAGAAAAAUACUAGAUGUACCGACAGUUACUUCUGUUAUAGACACUGGGUUCCCUGCUAAUGAAGAGACGAAUAAUCGUCUGUAUGGCAUGGCCGUUACUGACGAUAACAAAGUGUGGAUGGGAGGAGCAAGCAAAGAACUGAAGUUGUUUGAUCUCCAGGGACACCUCCACCACACCGUCAGCAUUACUACCCACGGCAUGUUCUUAUGUAUGUACAACAAACAUGUAGUGUACACAACAAAUAAAGGCGUGAAAACGAUAUCUGACACCGACACUGUGGUGACGAUGUUCACUACCGGGGACUGGUGGCCACGUGGCGCCACAAGCGCAGCGUCCGGUGAUUUACUGGUCUGUCUCCGUAAAGACGAUCAGUACAAAGUCGUCCGAUACAGCAGUACCGGUACCGUGCUCCAGGAAAUCCAGUACGACUCGCAGUGUCAACCUCUGUACAAACAGGCGGUUUACAUCACUGAGAAUGUCAACGGGGACAUCAUUGUAACUGACUGGGAGAAAAAAGCAGUCAUUGCUGUCGAUAGAUUGGGCAUAUUUCGGUACUCGUACUCGGGGAAGGACAGUGAUUUUAGAGCUUUAUCAGUCGCCACUGAUUCUGUCGGCCACGUCAUCGUUACAGGUGGUGUUGGUAAAAAGAUUUCCAUGCUGGACAGAGACGGACGAUUCCUGAGAUACAUCAUUCCUGAAGGAGGAAUAAAAGAUCCACGGGGCGUGUGUGUCCUUGGUGACGGUGAGAUGAUGGUGGGAGAGUGUCUGACCGGAAUCGCCAAAAGAAUCAAAUACCUCGAAGAAUAAAGACACAAGUUUAUUUAUCAAUCUGUUAUGAUAGUGAGGGUAUUGCACAUUCAAAUAAAAAUUAAAAGGGUACAGUGAAAGAAAAUGACAAUGAAUAAACCAUGAUCAGCUGACUGUAAAAUGUAAAAAUGUACACACUGUCUGUAUUCGGUUUUUUGUUUUUGUCUUAACCAUCUGUUUGUCAUUGAUUGUCUAUUUUAUUUUCUGAAAACUAUAUAGUUCUACUGCGAUUCUUUUUACUUUUCUACAAUAGAGUUAUUAGUUAGGUUUUCAUAUAUGUACAGAUGUAGACUGUAAAUAGCGGGAAUAAAAAAGUAGAUAAAUUUGUAUACAGAUUCUUUUGAAUAAACUUCCAUUAUAAUUUCGUUUGAUAUUUUAAAUGCAAAAAUUAUUUUUUUACGUAAUAUCAUUCAUAGAAAAUAUUAUAUGGUCUCAUGCUCACUGACAUCGGUUAUGGUUUUGGCACACAUCGAUGAUAUUGAUCGGACAAUCAAUUAAGAUGACAUGUACAUGAAUUUGAUUUAAUGGACUAUACAAGAAUGGUUCGGUGCCUUCAGUACACAUAUAGUUUAUUUUUUAAAAGGAGAGGAAAGCCAGAAAUAUAUAUAAAAACUGGGAGGGGGAUACUUAACGGUAAAAAACGACUGGAGGUUGCUACUGCACUCAUUUCUAUAUGAUUUGCCAGUUAGGAACAAACGUUUAAUAUGUAUAUAAUACAAUUGGUUGAGUAUUUAAUUGUAGUCUACUCUUAGACUGUCUAUUUUGGUACAAUUUAUUUUUUCCAAAGUUUGGAAAAACAGCUGGUAAAACUUUAUUUGAACAAUAUGGUGGUAUACAUGUUCAAAAGACUGUUUUGCAAAACCAGCUGGUCAGUUUUUAUAAACUGUGUUUCUUGUUUAUAAAAUAUAUAACUCCUUUACAAAUGUUAAAAAAUAGUAUAUAAACAGUAUAAUUUUUGAGAAAUUUCCCACGAUAUGCAAUUUUGAGAUUUUUUUUGGGGAAGAUUGUGCGAAGCUUAAGGUUCUUGUAAAAAAAUAUUUUCUGUAGAUAACUAAUUAUUAUAACCCUUUUUGAUUUCAUGAUUAUCAUUUUGAUUAUAUCUUAACAUGAUGUAUUUUGGUUCAUAAUUCAAUAAAUCAUGU